AUGGCGUCCCGUCAGUCGUACCAGUCUCAGCAUGGAGUCAAUAAUAGCAGCAAAGACAUGGGAAGGUCGCGGGCACAGUCUGCGCCGCAGCACCCCGUCGACCCAGACGAAGCUCGAAGCUUUGCCCUGCGUACCGCCUAUCUGCACUACUUGCUGCAGCCCAAAGCUAAACGAAAGCAAUAUGUCCCGGCCCCGAAGCAGCCUGCGCGAGCGCAUACGAGCGUGGGACAGCUCGUGCAAGAUUUCGUUUCGGGAAACUCUUCGAGCAUCAAGCUCCCCCACAACUUCGCUACCGCUCUGCUUGACCGUGUAGGUGGCGUCCUGAGGGGUAGCGAGGCUCUGCCAGGAUACAGCGAUGCUGCCGUCAAGAGAAGCUUUGCCGAGGCCUAUACAGCUUUCUCGGAAAAGACGUUUCGGAAAACAAUUGAAAAAGAGAGAAAAUUUGAGCCUUUGGUCUUGAUCUUCUACUCUGCGGCGACAAAGGCAGCCCAAAAGGGGAAAGGAGCUGACGAUGAAUCCGACUCAUGGAAGCUACUCCCAGACCGCCACCUUGCCAUGUUUGUGAGGUUGGCCGCAAAUGUCAUGAAAGAUCAGGGACAUGAUCGAGAUCGACCCGAGCUGAUGUCUAGACUCACGGAUCUGGAGAGCAAACUUCUCAGAAACGACCAAGAUCUGGUUAGCAACAGCAGUGCUGGCACCGGCACCACGAUUGAAGUGAUAGUGCCUCUUAGCUAUGAAGUCAAGGAUAUGCCCAUGGUACAGACGGUUGCGAGCAUCUUCGGCAUGGGCCUCUCAGAGGCUCAGAAGAUACUAAACGAAAAACGUCAGGUUUGGACUGAAGAGGCUGCGCUCAAGGACCUCAAAUCAUAUCAGACUCGGCUUAACGCCAAUCUGCCAGGCACGCUAAGCAGCCAUGAUUUUGACGUUGAAGAUGCCUUCACUGAGUGGAAGAAAUCAGAGGCCACACAUCUCUCACAGAUGAUGAUGGACAUUUUAACGGCCAAGCCAGAGUUGGCAAAAACCAAAACUGGCCCCAUCGACCAAUCCAUGACAAGCCGACCGACGUCAAUGUACGAAAACGACCAGGCUGCAUCAUCUUUUGCCUUUGACCCGUCUAUUAGUCUGAGCUCUCUAGCAAUUGGGGAAUCGAGCAGUAUCAGAGCCGUAGAUGAAACGAUUUACACAUUCACCCCUCCUAACCCCAGGUCGUUUUACAAGAAUAUUCUUCAGCAGGCGAUGAUGUUUGAUCAGAUGCAUGCCGAUCCCAACAAUGACUACCAGCCGCUGUCGCAUAAAUCUAUGGACCUGCUGAAUGAGCUAUCUGUACGGUGGCGUAUACCGCAGUUUUCUCGACUCAUUGUCCUUCUGGAGGGAGUAGCCAAUCAGUUUCUUGAGAAGGAGAUAGCUCCCGAGGACCUUGAUGCUGCCUUUGAUAUAAUCAAAUCUCCAUCACAAGAACUGAAAAAGCCGCCCCAUAUCCACCAAUACAACGCCCCCCUGACCGAUUUUGACCCCAGUCGGUGGACGUUGCAUGAUUUCGCUGCGUAUCAGCACACUCUUCAAACUCUUCACGAUGCAUUAUUGCAAGAGCUCUACGAGCUCUUGGAAGGUUGUUAUCAGACCAAACCUCCUAAUAUUGGGCCUGUCAUGUUCCUCCUAGAAAACCACAUUGGUCAAGACCCAACCUUUGCCCCUCGGGCUGAAGUAAUGAAAGAUUUCAAACAGCUUCUAUCCGAGCGUCUGGCCCAGAAAGCUACUGAAAUCUACCACGAGAAUAUGCAAAAACAAAUACCAGAGCGAAAGGAAGAGUGGGAUUUUGCUCAUGUUGUACAACUUGGCAAAGCCGUGUCCAAGGUGUGCGACCGAAUUCGAAAGCGGUACAAAAAGACUUCAACUAUCAUGGGAGUAGAUCCCUUGAGUAUCUUGGUCUAUGAAGUUUUCCCCAAAUUCGAACAGGAUGCAAGCGCCAUCAUCCAGAUCAUUAUGCAAGGAGCCAGUGAAAGCGGCCAAGAGCUUGAGAUUCAAGAUGGGUUUGAGCUGUACAAAGAGCUGAAAGAAAUCCGCGACAUUCACGAAGAGUUCCUGCCUAAAGAGCCUUUUGCCUUCAAUAUUGAAGAUCUGCUCGUCGAUUUUGUAUGGCGUUGGCUUAAGUCGGCCGAGGCUCGAAUGGCAGAUUUCGUGGAUCAAGCAAUUAAGCAAGAUCAGUUCCAAGUGAGAACGGACAGCCCAGGCGAGAUAGCUGGGGACUCACAGCGGCAUAGCGUGUCCAUUAUUGACAUGUUUAUGCUCUUCAACCAGACGGUAGACCAAAUCUUCAAGCUGGAAUGGGGUAACGCAGAGCAUCAUGCCAGAUUCAUGACUACAUUGGCAAGAAACUUCUCUGCUGGCGUUGGCCGCUACUGUGAGACGGUUGAUCAGCAAUUUGCAAAGGAAAUGGAUCGUCCGUCUGCUCAAGAGCUGGCUGCACAAACUCAAACAACCCAAGAGAAGUGGAUGCAGUAUGCUAAAGACGCAUGGAACAACAAGGAAAAGGCCGAACCUUUCCACUUCUUCCCAGAGUCUUUUGUAAAACUUAACAAUAUCGAGUACGCAAUGCAAGAGCUUGAUAAGCUAGAGAAGAACAUGAACGUCGAAGCGUGCGCAGCAUUAUUAGACAAGAAAGACGGUGUGAAGAAAAAGUCUCGGAAGCCAAGCAAGUAUACCUUUACCAUAAAAGUGGUAGAGGCUGAGGACCUCAAAGCCUGCGACCCCUCAGGUUACAGUGAUCCCUAUGUCGUUUUUGGCGACGAGUAUCAGAAGCGCCUUCACAAGACACGUAUCAUUCAUCGAAACUUAAACCCCCGAUGGGAUGAAUCAUUCGACAUUACAGUUCAAGGCCCAGUCAACGUCAUUGCAACCAUAUGGGAUUACGAUACGUUCGGUGACCACGACUAUGUCGGACGAACCUCGCUAAAGUUAGAUCCUAAUCACUUUGGCGACUACCUGCCCCGAGAAUUCUGGCUUGAUCUGGACUCACAGGGCCGUUUGUUAAUCAGAGUUAGCAUGGAAGGAGAGCGCGACGACAUUGUCUUCCAUUUUGGAAAAGCUUUCCGUCAUUUGAAACGUACAGAACGAGAUAUGGUCCGAAAAAUUACGGAUAAGCUUACUGCUCAAAUUAACGAAACACUGUCACUCGAGACCCUAAGGGCCCUCAUAGGAUCUGGAGGCGUGGGAGCUUCCAUUACGAGUCUCUGGAAGAAGCGAACUUCCUCUGCUCCCCCAUCUACAGCGCCGUCACAGUCGCAGAUCGAAAACGCUCUCACCAAUCUGUUUGCCUAUUUCGAUGACAAUUUCGCCAUUAUGAAAACGACACUAACAGACGCGACAAUGAUUGCCGUCAUGACUCGGUUAUGGAAAGAUGUGCUUAUAACGAUAGAAAAUCUUUUGGUGCCACCGUUGUCAGAGAAGCCGUCAACCCAGAAACCCCUCACGCGCCUGGAACUCGACAUUGUAUAUCACUGGCUGGAGAUGCUGUUUGUGUUUUUCAAUGCCAAGGAUGAGCACUCGGGCGAGCAACUUGGGGUUCCUGCUGAGGUGCUCAAAUCGCCUAAGUGGCACGAGCUUGCUUCGCUAAACUUUUUCUACUUUGAGGAUACUAACAACCUCAUUCGGGAAUCGGAACGCAUGGCUGCAGCAUCUGCGCAACGAGCUCAGCAAGCUUUACAGCAGCAGAAUCAACAACAAAGCCAAAGCAGACUUGCAGUGCCGAGUAGUUUGGGAGCAUCUCUGGGUGGUGCGGGCUCGUUUGCAAGCAUGGGCACCAUCCGACGCGGCAAGAGUAUUAUGAUGAGCCGAAAUCUUGGAACCAUGCGCAAAGCCAAGGAGGCGAAGCGGCGCGAGAUGCAAGCCGAUGCUAGUGAUGAUAUGAUCUUACGAAUCUUGCGUAUGCGUCCCGAGGCGACCAACUAUCUCAAGGAGAGACAACGUCAGAAAGAGCGCCAAGCCGCAACAGCUGCCGCGGCGCUGAUUGUGAAGAACAGUGUAAGCCAAGGUUGGAACUCUGGAGUUCCCGCGUUUUCAGGUGCGCCGUUCGGGCGAAACAGUCUUUUGCCUAACAGGAGAUAA